AUGAAAGGCUUAAACAAAGCAACUCGUGAUUGCAGCAGUAUUUUAACCACUCCAAAUCAUGAAUUUAUGAAAUCAACUAGAAAAGUUCAAAAAGUUGUGCAACAAGAGCCAAGACUUAAAGACAGAAGAAAAGAAAUGAAAGAGAAAAAAUAUGAAAGAAAAGAUUUCAGGAAAGAAAAGAAGAAAAAAGAUUUUAUAGAAAGUUUAGCAGGAAAUGUUGAAAAUAAAGAUUAA